AUGACUUCCCCCUACGCCAACCCCGGCAUUUCCAAUGCCGCCAACCCUAGCCGCUUCGGCUACCACCAUGGCCCCAUCCCCAACCCCAACGACGGAUGGGUCCCCGAUGGUAUGAACCCUGCUUGUGCAUCGCAUAUGCUGAACACUAACUCAAUUGAUGCAGAGGUCCGCGAGGCCCAUGACGCCGGUCGCGCCUACACCGUCACCACCGAGAUGAACGCCAACGCUCCCAAUCCCGCCAGCAACCUCUCCUCCAUCAACACCGGCGUCUGUGACAUCGUCGUCGAUGCGGCCACUGGCGCCAUGUGCGGCACCGUCACCGCCUCCCAGCCUGCCCAACGCCGCCACAUCCGCACGGCUCAUGCUGGCGCUGUCACCAACCGCCCCCGCGUCAACACCACCGUUGCCGAGGAGGCUGCCGGCAAGACUGCUAUCCAGAACUGGGUUCGUUCCGGUGGCUGGCGCCACGCGAACUACAUUCGCGAGCCUGGUGUUGGACCUGAGGGCGGCCUCAUCCACACCUAUGCCGACGGCAUGGAGGAGCUUGCUCGCAACGACGCCAACUUCGCGGCCACCUAUGGCACGCACUUCCACCGCCCUCGGCUCCGCCCCCCUUCUUCGCGCAAGCGCAAGAACCGCGGUGGCCCUCCCCGUGAGGAGAGCCCUCCCUCCCCCUCCCCGGCCCCUCCCCGCAAGAAGGCCACUCCCCGCAAGAAGGGCAAGGCCCCCGCCUCCUCCUCUCGCGUUCUCCGCUCCGCCCGCCCCGCGCAGGAGGAGAUUAAGUUCGAGAACCCGAACGAGAUUUGA